AACGUGACUCCCAGCAUUGACUCCUGGAUGGAUGGAUGAGAAUAAUAAAAAAGAAAGAAAGAAAAGAUAUAGUUGACGUAUCGGUCAGUGGCGCUCGGAAACUCCUAACCCCUCUUAGGAGUGACCUUUUCUAGAGGGAAAUGUUGUUUCUCACUCCGUCCGAACCAAACGACAGGAAGCUUUGAAACACACGGCCACCCCGGUCACCCCCUCCUUGGCAUUGUUGAGUCUAAAGAGCUGCUCGCUUUCUCCACAAGAAAAAUAAUCUGUCAGGGAGAGAUUGCAAUGCAGUCAACAGGCAUGUUUGGGUGGCUGGACUAAGAAAGGAAAGAAAGAAUGAUUGGAAGAAAGCGGGAGGAAGAGAAGAGAAACGUCUGGGUUUUUGGAGAAAAAUAAAGAUUUAGAGGGAGGGAAGACAGACACAAACAGAAAUAGAAAAGUUCGAUGGUUUCUCAGCCUUUCUCCUUUCAGCUGGAGAUUUGAAGUAGAGCACAUCGUUAUUGUGAAAGCGUCUUGGCUGUGAUCCAUGGGAACUGAUCCAGCUUUGUGUCUGUGGAGCUCCCAGCCUACUUUAGUCUACUGGGACAUCCUUGAUACUGUUUCUGGUAGGUCCUGAGUACACUUUUCCCAUCCGUCACCCUCCCUCCUUGCUAGCUAGCUAGCUACAGGACUAAGGGAAACCUUAAGGAGGAAUACUGAAGAAAGUCUGAGGGAAGAGGUGCCCAGCAGCAGGAGAAGCAACAUGGACAGCUAAGAUUCUCCUUAUCUCCACUGGUGAUUCACUUUUUUUCUUCUCCACUCGCUCCAAAAUAGGACUGUCUGAACUUACUCUGAACACUCCACAAACGGUGAUCCUCAAACUGACAUACAGACCAAGCCAGGGAGGGCUGCAGACGGUCUGGGUAGAAGAAGAGACAGAAACUGUGGAGCAAACCAGAGGAGAAGCAGAGAAACUCCAGAACUCCUCCAGCAGAGCAGCAAAGAGAUGGAGACGGAGAGGGGUCAUAUGUCUGUGAGGAGAGGGGUAAGCUGGAGCCCAGGUGGAGGGAGGAAGCCCCUUCACGGGGGGCAUGGCGGGAACACGGACACCGGCAAAAGAGAGAGCGACGCAUCUUCGGAGAGGCGGGACUACAAAGGGAUCAAAGGACAGGUGACAUCGACCUCCACCAAUCAGCUGACUCGGAAAACCAACCUGACGCGUAGUGCCAGCCUAUCAGAGAAGGAGUUGAAGGAGGCGAGGGUGAGGUCACAGAUCAUCGCGGCCCAGCUGACCGUCCCGUCUGGCUGCUCCAAUUCACGCGGCGUCCAGCUCUUCAACCGCCGCAAGCAGAGGGUCAACGCCUUCACGCUAGAGAGCUGCGGGGAAAGAACGAGAGAAGAGGAGAGAGACGGAGAUAACAGGAACAACAACCUGACAUGGGAGGAGGAAAGGGAGGGUCCUAGUGAAGGGACAGAGACAGACAGACAACUGAACUGGAAGAACAGCAGCCGGACAAAACCACCACUCUGGUCGCCACCCUUUGGAUGUGAGGUCACAGGAAGUGACAUCAUGGAGGACCCAGGUGACGAGCACAUCUAUGAGGAAGUGGACGUGAUACAAGAGAGACACUUCCAGCCGGUGAACGAGAGAGAAGAGGAGGAGGAAGAGAGGAGUGGAGAGAGAGAAAGAGAGGAGAUAUACGAGGAUAUUGAGGGUGAAGUGAAGGAUGAGAUUAUACAAGUAAAUGACAACAACACCGGUCCAGUAAGAGAGGAAGUGGGGAUGAAUAGGAGCUCAUACACAUACCCCACAGCUCCCUCUGAGACCCGUAAUGGCUUCCACAGCACCCAGGGCUCUGCUGGAGAGAUCCAAAAUGGCGGGCGAGUUUCUAUGUCCCUGUCCAGACAGACCCCCACCAUCGUCAACCGGACAGCCAGACCCUUCUUCUCCUCGCCCACCGUACAGCUUAAGUCCCCAGAGGCCAGGAGUCCUGUCAUGGAUAACAACAUACUCCCAGCCCCCUCCUACUCCACUCCCCCUCUCCCUGCUUUCACUGCCACUCGCCCUGUCGCCUUCUCCCCUCCUCCCCCUCUUGCUUCAUGCUCCAUGCCUCCUCUGCCAGCCUUCCUCAUCCAUCCUCCUCCUCCCUCCCAGUCUCUCUCCAGUCCUACUCCCAAGUCUACCGUCAUGUUCCCUAGGUCUACACCCGCCCCCCAGUACAACCCUCCUCCUACAGCUGCCCCAGUGUCCCAAUAUCGAGCCCCCAACCCUCUUGUCACCCAAUACAUCCCUCCUCCAACCUCCCCCAGACCCAACACCUUUAUCCCCUUCACCCCUCAGCCUAUUGGUCAACAGAACCAGCAGCAGCCAAUCAAAACGGGCAUUCUGGAGAAAGGGGCGGCGGCCAUCAGACGAUCGUCAACAGCCAGGAAGUCCAUGUUCACCUUUAAGGAGAAGCCUGUCAUGGCACCCAACCCUGAACUCCUCUCUCUGGUCCAGGGGAACGAUGACAGGAAGAAGCACGGCCUACGCUCCGUUCCCGACCCAGCCCCAGAGGAGGAGCUGCUGGCUCUGGGGGCCGAGGCCUCUAACUUCCUAGCCAGGGAGGAGGUGAAGGCGGAGGCUGCCAACGUGCCGGAGUGGUCCUCCUGUCUCAAGAGCUCCAGGACCAGGGAACCCAGGGGGCAGCACCAGCCAGAGCAGACCCUGACCAACGCAUCAGGGAAGGGGGCCGAGCUGUUCGCUAAGCGCCAGUCCAGGAUGGAGAAGUACGUAGUGGAGAAGCAGAAUGUCUCCGGUGGUGGAGGUGGUCAGAUGAGGUCUCCGUCUCCCACCGCGUCUCUGCCGCCGUCUUGGGUCUAUCCAUCUAAUAUGCCUGGCCGGGUCAAAGCUAUCGCUAACAACACUGACCUCAGCGCCAGGCUGACACGGACCCUCCAGACCCCUCAGCCCGCGAACAGGAGGCCCAGCCAGCAGGCUCCAACCCCGGCCCCGGUCCCCGAGGAACCACACCUGGAGUACGGCUGCACCAAGAUAGAGAUGGACCUCUCCAGGCACCAGCCCUACCAGCUCAACUCCUCCUUGUUCAUCUUCAACCCAGUCCAGGACUCUACCAGCACCCUGCUGAGCGCUCUGCCCCGAGGGUCCCCUCCACCACCCAAACCCCUGGUCUCAUCUGAGGCCUACUCCAGGCAGGCCUCCCUGCCCUCCUCCAACCCUCAGUCACAUAACUACAACAGCCUGCCCCGCUUCAGGCCUACCAUGUCCCCCUCACUUCAGCCCCCAUCAGGAGGAAUUGGAGGUAGGGAUAACUAUCCUCCACAACACGGGGGGACUCCACAGCUGAGGGACCCCAGGAUCACCUCUCCUGUCUCUGACUUCUCUCCGGAGAGAGUGGCCUCUCCUCGGUCGAGCGUCCAGGCACCCAGACCCACCUUCUCUGCCAAGAGGGCCGGGAUCGAACCCCAGAUGAGGAAGGAGUCCCCUCCGACCCCCACCACCACCCCCACCAGGACACCGCAGUUCACCCGUCGGUUCAGCAGCCCAGAGGGACCCCCCACUUCCAGGCCCCUCCACCAGGCGACAGCCAUCUCCCCUGCCUCCCCACCCUGGGAGACGAGGUGCAAGUCACCCACGGUGGUCAACCAGACCACCAAACCCUUCUCCACAGCCUCUUUAUCCAGGCCUAAACCAUCCACUACCACCUCACCUAUAUCGCCUGUAUCUCCCUGGGGGUCCCGCUGUCAAUCCCCUAACAUCAACCAGACAACCAAGCCUUUCUCCACCACCAUCUCCAACUCUUCCUCUUCCAGACCCUCUCACCAAGGCACCAUCACCUCUCCUCUCUCCCCGUCACCCCUGUCCCCUCCCUGGGGUUCCAGAUGCCAGUCUCCCAUCGUCAGUCCCGGCCCCAACAACUCCAAGGCAAACCAUCGCCUGUUAGCCAAGAACAUCAUCAACGCCGCCAAACGUAAAAACAGCCCGUCCCCAGGUGCUCUGAGUGGCCACAACCUCCCAAUCUCCCCACUAGGUGACAACAUCACCCACCAGCACCACCAGGGCUAUGACCAGCAGCACCACCACAGCAGCUCCAAACCCCCCUUCAGCCCCUACCAGUCCAGGGCCAUGGGGUGCCAGUCCCCCCCCUUCGCCAGCCCACCUCCUACCCCUACAGGGGUGAUCCGGUCCCCAGUAAGGCUCUACAACACCAGGUCCCUCACUGACUCGGAUGCUUCGGUGGAAUCGGAGGACUCUGGGCUGAGGUCUCCAGGACUGCAGCGUACCCACAACACCAGUCCCCGGGGCUGGGGAGGCAGCCUGAGGGUGAAGAGGGGUAGUUUUGGCACCGACCUAUAGGGGGAGCCGGGGAGAGAGGGUCAGGAGAAAGGACCAUUGAGCUUACCUAAUAAGAGAAGAAGAAAACCCAGAGAGUACAUUGAUAAAGGGACUGGUGGGUUAUGGGCAAUUCUUAAUUUCAUUGACGUAUAGGAGCAUCUAAGAUGGAGGGCACAGCGCUUGCCUCACAGGUGAGAUAUGGAAAGGACUUUGAAAGGAACUGAUCUUGUGUGUUUGUUGCUUUGGAGCAUCCAGGAGUAAGGGACAAUAAUGGUGACCACACAGUAAAUAAUCUGAUGCCCUUACAACGCAGCUGGGACAUAGAAGCAACCUGUCUGGUGAUUGUAAAGUCCACUAAAACCCACUGAUUUGUCUGGCUGUCUAUAGAAGAGUCCAGGACCAUCACGCUCAGAGCUAGCUCAACAGUGGGAUUACCGAGAGGAGAUUGAAGGGACAAUUCACUGUUGCCUCUGCCUCUCAUUCUUACGUCUUAUAAAAAUAUGUUAUACAUUUAUUUCACACAAAAAAAAGGAAAUUGAAGGGGAUUCUAAAAUCAAAAGCGACUUGUCUACAACUUUAUAUUUGGAUUUUGUCAUUGAAAAAACGAAAUGUAUUGUAUUCAGGAAUUGCUGAAAUGUAAAACUAGCUUACUUGCAUUUGACUACGACAAAAGUUCCAUUGAAAAAUACAAUUAUUACAGGAGCUUACUUAUGUUUACUUUAAAUAAUUGUUUAUUCUAAAUUUGUACCACCCCCCCCUUAAAAAAAAAAUCUAAGGGCAAGAAAAAAAUACCAAAGACAAUAUCUGUAAUGAUGCAAUGUUUUCAAAACAGUGUUACACUUUCCUCCCCCACGUAAGACAUUGAUAAUGUGAUGUUGUAGAUAGGCCCUUUGCAGUUAUUUCGUAUAUAUAUAUGUUUUAAUAUUGCUGGGUAUACAUUGGAGUAGACAGGAAUGCAGUUAAACCAUAGGUUGACAUGAUGUUUUGCAGGUCUGACACAGGUCAAACUGUGGAAAGAGAGAGAGAGAGACUGUAAUUCAAAAUGGCACCCUAUUCUCUAACAGUAUAUAGUGCACUACUUUUGACCCGAGCAUUAUGGAACCUAGUCAAAAAGUAGUGCACUAUAUAGGGAAUAGGGUGUCAUUUGGGAUAUAGACAGAGAGUAUUGACGGGUCAGUUUCAGUACCGUAGUAGUAGUGUCUACAGGGAGGCAGGUAUAGGAGUUUUGUAAUAUAAUAGUACAGCUUACUGGACUAUGCUUUCAUCAAGAAAUCCCUUUGAAAGUUGCCGUGAUAUUUAGUAGAUUAUGAAAACAAAAGAUGGGACUAUACUCUUCCCUCUGAAUGAGUACGUAGAGAUAGAAUGGGUAGAGUCAGAGACAUAUAUUUACAUUGACAUUUUAUAGAUGUGGUUAUGGUUACAUUGUAGUUUCUCUACCAUUCCAUAACCUUACUAUGCAAAGAAUCAAGAAACAUUGGCGUUAUUGUGGUAUUGAUAGCAUCACAAAUGGCCAAAUAAAACAUACACUACAGUACAGUACAUCCUUUUUAGUGAACAGGGAAACAAACGUACACUACAGUACAUCCUUUUUAGUGAUCAGGGAAACAACAAACGUACACUACAGUACAUCCUUUUUAGUGAUCAGGGAAACAACAAACGUACACUACCAGUACAUCCUUUUUAGUGAACAGGGAAACAACAAACGUACACUACAGUACAUCCUUUUUAGUGAACAGGGAAACAACAAACGUACACUACAGUACAUCCUUUUUAGUGAAAAGAGAAACAACAAACGUACACUACAGUACAUCCUUUUUAGUGAUCAGGGAAACAACAAACGUACACUACAGUACAUCCUUUUUAGUGAUCAGGGAAACAACAAACGUACACUACAGUACAUCCUUUUUAGUGAAUAGGGAAACAACAAACGUACACUACAGUACAUCCUUUUUAGUGAUCAGGGAAACAACAAAACGUCUUAUGCCGUCUUUACCUAUCGCAGUGCAAUAAUGCAUCUAUCCCCUCUAUAUACUGUAUAUACAGCUACUGUAUGUUGUUUUAUGUACUGCUUUAUUUCAAAUGAAUGUACAGAUUGGCAGGUAGAAGAGAGACAGAGACAGACAAAGAGGAAGUUUGUGUAGGGUUACAGUAUAUGUUAACCAAUGGGACACAAUGUUAUGGUUUCUAAUACUGAUAUGUCUACUGUCCGGGCACCGACAACAUACUAACAAUGGCUGGGGACAACAAAUACAGUAUGUAGAAAUACUACAUUCUGAGAGAUCUAUAGGAAACCAAGGUUUUGUUGUCACUAAUGUUGUAGGGACAAACAUCUGUGUAUACCACAACGAUCAAGGUAGCCAAUAGGAAAGACGAAUAAUUUAAAAAAAAAGGCAUUCCACAAGAGAUGGUUGAGAGAAUGUUUGCAGUCAGAUGUUAGGUUGGGAUCGAACGAUAAGAGUAGGUUUUUGUUUAAAUGACCAAACUCUUGCUGAAGCAAGGCCCUGUAUUCCACAUACAAUACUCUAAAUGCACAUUUCAGUUUGCUUUAGAUUUUUGUAUUUGAUCAAGUUUCACUUGAUUUUGCACUUCUUUGAUUCAUUCCAUUAUUCCUAUUGGCACACAGUAUUGGACUGACUUUGAUUGGCUGAAAUAGGUGUCAUUCACAAAGAAACCACACUGUUCUCCAUAAUUGUCAUAGUAACACAAUAUAAUAGCCUGUUUAUGUUAUACAGUUAAAAAACAAUUAUCAGUAAAUGUAAACGUUGCACUUCAACCCUCUGGAGGCAUUGUAUUUCAAGGCGGGGCAGGGGGGGGGGGGGGGGUCACCAAGGCCACCGACGUCAUUCCACAUCUCUCCCUCCGGCCCCGUAGCGGAUCACAAACAGAACAGGACCACAGGAAAUACAGGAGUGGUUCUAUCCUUGUCCCCUAAACACAUAGGACUCUAUGUGACCGCUGCAUCAGCAGAUUACUGACUAGUCACAUGUGGGCUGUAUUCAUUAGACACCAAACGGAAGAAAAAAGGACUGAAACAGAAAGGGACUACCUGAGCUUGUACAAAAAGGAUUUUGUUUUCCAUUGCACAGCAUUUUGCUACAGUGUGCCCUAAUGAAUAUGACCCUGAUGUGUUGAAUCUCUGACUGACAGGGACAGCUGGUAUGAUGGUGACUUGGCACCUUGGGUAAGCAGGAAUAACCUUCUCACUGACAUGUAUGUGUCUUAAAUGGCACCCUAUUCAGAGUAAACACAUUUAGCUACUUGGUUUUCCGUGUGACAGCGAAGGUUGUUGUUAGAACAUUCAGAACAACAGGAAAGGUAAAAUGCAAAAAAUGUCCAAAUGCUACGAACGGAAGCAAUCAACAAUAUAUCAACAAAACAAUAGAGAGCUAUGGGGGCAUUUCUGAUGCAGCCACUGUGGGAUGGUUUCAGACUUGAGUAAACCCCCCCUCUCCCCUGAGAGUCUCCCCCUGCCAAUCAACACAGGAGCCACUGUGGGUUUGUUUCAGCCUUGAGUAAACCCCCCCUCUCCCCUGAGAGUCUCCCCCUGCCAACCAACACAGGAGCCACUGUGGGUUUGUUUCAGCCUUGAGUAAACCCCCCCUCUCCCCUGAGAGUCUCCCCCUGCCAAUCAACACAGGAGCCACUGUGGGUUUGUUUCAGCCUUGAGUAAACCCCCCUCCCCUGAGAGUCUCCCCCUGCCAAUCAACACAGGAGCCACUGUGGGUUUGUUUCAGCCUUGAGUAAACCCCCCUCCCCUGAGAGUCUCCCCCUGCCAAUCAACACAGGAGCCACUGUGGGUUUGUUUCAGCCUUGAGUAAACCCCCCCUCUCCCCUGAGAGUCUCCCCCUGCCAAUCAACACAGGAGCCACUGUGGGUUUGUUUCAGCCUUGAGUAAACCCCCCUCCCCUGAGAGUCCCCCCCCCCCCCCCCCCCGCCAAUCAACACAGAUUGGCUAUGUCCCAAUCCCAAGUGUUGAUUGUAAUUAGUUCUUAACAGAAUGUAUUACAACAAGAGGGGGAGAUUUUCUUGAGUUUGGGACACAGAUUUGGUAAUAUGACUAUCAACCAAUGAUGUUGUGUGUGUGUGUGUAUCAACAAUAGGUCUCAUGUACCCCUCCUUAAUUCUGUGUUAUUUAAAUAACGGAACACAAAACAAAAUAAAAGUGCUGACACUAA